AUGUCUAUGAAAUGGAUUUCAGCUCUUCUGCUGCUACAGCUGAGUUGCUGCUAUAGCCCUGGGCAUGGUGGAAAGUUCCUGGUGUGGCCCACAGAAUAUAGCCAUUGGAUCAAUAUGAAAACAAUCCUGGAUGAACUUUUCCACAGAGGUCAUGAAGUGAGUGUUUUGACAUCUUCAGCUUCCAUUCUUGUUGAUCCCAACAAACCAUCUGCUAUUAAAUUUGAGAUUUAUCCUACAUCUUUAAUUAAAGAUGACUUUGAGGUUUUAGUAAUGCAACUGAUCAAUAAAUUGACAUAUGAUCAGCCCAAAGAUACGUUUUGGACAUAUUUUUCACUAAUACAAGAAGUCCUUUGGGAAUAUUCUGGUUGUUUUGAAAAGCUCUGUAAAGAUCUUGUUUUGAACAAGAAACUUAUAAUAAUACUGCAAGAAUCAAGGUUUGAUGUCAUUCUCGCAGAUGCCUUUGGACCCUGUGGUGAGCUGUUGGCUGAGCUACUGAAAAUACCUUCAGUGUACAGUCUCCGCUACAUUCCAGGCCAUAAAAUUGAAAAGUAUAGUGGAGAACUUCCAUUCCCACCGUCCUAUGUACCUGUUGUUAUGUCAGAAUUAAGUUAUCAAAUGACAUUCAUGCAGAGGGUAAAAAAUAUGAUUUAUGUGUUUUAUUAUGACUUUUGGUUCCAAACAUUUAAUGAGAAGAAGUGGGAUCAGUUUUACAGUGAAGUACUAGGAAGACCCACUAAAUUAUCCGAGUUAAUGAGGAAAGCAGAAAUGUGGCUCAUUCGAACCUACUGGGAUUUUGAAUUUCCUCGCCCACUCUUACCACAUUUUGUAUUUAUUGGAGGACUCCACUGCAAACCUGCCAAACUCCUGCCUAAGGAAAUGGAAGAGUUUGCCCAGAGCUCUGGAGAAAAUGGUAUUGUGGUGUUUUCUCUGGGGUCAAUGGUCAAUAACAUGACGGAAGAAAGAGCCAAUGUUAUUGCAUCAGCCCUUGCCCAGAUUCCACAAAAGGUUGUAUGGAGAUUUGGUGGCAAGAAGCCAGAUACCUUAGGGCCAAAUACUCGGCUCUAUAAGUGGAUCCCCCAGAAUGAUCUUCUUGGUCAUCCAAAAACCAAGGCCUUUAUAACUCAUGGUGGAACCAAUGGCAUCUAUGAGGCGAUCUACCAUGGGAUCCCUAUGCUGGGCAUUCCUUUGUUUGGGGAUCCACCUGACAACAUUGCUCACAUGAAGACCAAGGGAGCAGCUGUUAGGUUGGACUUGAAUACAAUGUCAAGCACAGAUUUGCUCAAUGCAUUGAAGACAGUCAUUAAUGAUGUUUCAUAUAAAGAAAAUGCUUUAAAAAUGUCAAGAAUCCAUCAUGAUCAGCCAGUGAAGCCUCUAGAUCGAGCAGUCUUCUGGAUUGAGUUUGUCAUGCGCCACAAAGGAGCCAAACACCUCUGGCCAGCCUCCCAUGACCUCACCUGGUUCCAGUACCACUCUUUGGAUGUUAUGGGGUUCCUGCUGGCCUGUGUGGCAACUACUAUAUUUGUCAUCACAAAAUGUUGUCUGUUUUGUUGUUGGAAGUUUGCUAAAACAGGAAAGAAAGAAAAAAGGGAGUAG